CCCCCAAACUGCAACACAAAUGAAAGCAUCCUAAUUAGUAAAUGAAAGCAAGACUUUCUAGCCACCACCUUCUUUUUGAAAGAGAAGGACAGAGAAAAAGGGACUUCAAAACCCUAAAAUCCCAAAGCCACAUCCAGAAAUCCUUCCUUAAAGUAGACGGCCCACACCUCAGCUUAGUGUAGAGCGAGAUGAAAGGCAACCUAAAGUCCUAAACUCCUAAACUUCCUCCCCCACCUAUGUCCUCUUUAUCCAGAAUCUAAACUCAAUAAAGGUGAAAUAUAAGAUUUCUCAGAAAAAUAAAAAAGAAAAAGAGAGGAGAAGAACACCAAUACCUUCUCCAUGCCUAAACCCCUCUUCCAGGGUCUUGUCUAUUUCACUCUCUGCUACUACAUCCAGGUAAUGGACUGAUAGAUGCCAAUAAACCUGCUUCACACUUCUCUGUAUUCUAUUUUUAGCUCCGAUCUCUACCCCCAGCAAUCUGUAAAGAGUGGUCAAAACCAUUCCAUCUCCUGCUCAAAUAGGAGACUAACUUCCCCAUCUUCCACUCCUUUUGAACGAAUCUCUCUGUUUCUCUGCGUAAAACCCUUGUAAAACCCUAAAGUCAUCAGGUUUUCAAAGAAAGGUGACUCCUUUCUGCUCCCACUCAAUUCCUCUUUGAAUCCCAUUUCUAAAACCUCUUUCUCAGAACAAAACCCUAGAGAUUUGGUCACGUCAGAGAAAGGGGAAAAGGGGAAAAGGGGGAAUUUUUGUUCUGGAUUUUCCUUCCUAAGUCCUAUUUUCAUAUGAAAAUUCUUCUCUGUCAAUGAGUUGGAUCGAUCUCGAUGCUGUCGGGGUGCUCGGUUUCGAGUCUGGCGGCGAAAUUCGCCUUCUUCCCGCCCGACCCGCCUACAUACACUGUCGAGAAGGACGACGGUGGGCGGCUGGUGGCCUCUGGAAUCCCCCGGGAUCAUUCAAUGGAUGUUCUGAUGUUGGACACCAAGCGUGGGAACAAGGUUGUUGCCUUCUAUUUGAGGAACCCCUAUGCCCGGCUCACAGUGCUUUACUCGCAUGGCAACGCCGCUGAUCUGGGGCAGCUCUAUGAUCUCUUUGUGCAGCUCAAGGUUAAUCUCAGGGUUAAUCUGAUGGGAUAUGACUACUCUGGUUAUGGAGCCUCAACUGGUAAGCCAAGUGAAUACAACACUUAUGCAGACAUUGAGGCUGUAUACCAAUGCCUGGAAACUGAAUAUGGAGUCAGUCAGGAAAACGUGAUCUUGUACGGACAGUCUGUUGGUAGUGGUCCCACACUACACUUGGCAGCUCGCUUGCCAAGAUUGUGUGGUGUAGUGCUUCACAGUGCUAUAUUGUCAGGCCUCCGCGUGGUCUGCCAUGUGAAUUUCAAUUUCUGCUUUGACAUUUAUAAAAACAUUAACCAAAUUAAAAAGGUGAAGUGCCCCGUUCUUGUAAUUCAUGGCACCGAGGAUGAUGUAGUGAACUGGCUCCACGGUUAUGGGCUAUGGAAACUAGCAAGAGAACCCUAUGAACCCUUGUGGAUCAAAGGAGGUGGUCACUGCAACCUGGAGCUGUACCCAGACUACAUCCGCCAUCUAUGCAAGUUUAUCAUGGAAAUGGAGAACAUCACCACUGCAAGUCGGCUCAAAAAGAUCCGGCAGAACCUCCAACUCCCUAGAAAAACUUCUAAUGCGAGCACAGCCACCACCACUACUUUCACUACUAACUGCUGCUGCCAAAUUGGAAUCCGGAAGCCUACUUUCUCAGGCUGUUCACAAACAGGAUGUCUGAAGUUGCGUAGUUGGAAGGGCUCAGUGUACUCCUGCAACUGGUGUUGUGGUGGAGAUGGGCAGUGAUAUUGGUGUCUGUAUAGAAACUUGCCUAGAUGUCUAACCCCUUUCGGUGUAUUGCAACGAGGAAGUAAUCAAGUUCAUUUUGUAUAAGAGGAUAGGACAUAUUUGGUUUGUUUUUCUUCUUCUGACUCCGAGUUGCAGGUCUCCAUACCUUUGUUGAAAUAUUAUUUGAUUGGUAUUGGGUAAUGCUUGGCAAUUCGUCUCCAAAUGUUGCUAAUUGUGGUAUGAAUACUGCUUAUAAAAUUAAAUAAGUAAUCAUUUGGAGCUAUUAUCAGUCUAA